CAUGAUUAGCGAUUUGCUUAGAUAUUUGCUUAUGUUAGCAUUUGGUGUAAAUAAAAUCAGUUAAUUAACUGUGUACUUCAGUAGCACGAAUGUAAAAAUGUUAUUUUUUUUUCUUUCGAUGGUUUUAAGUGUAUCAGUCUUAAAUGCUGAAGAAAAUACGACGUACUACUGUAUUGUGAAUAGUAGUAACUCUGAUGCAAUAGUAGUUUUAGAACCUGCAGCUGGUAGAAACACUGAUGAUAAAGAUUCUAGAUUUUUAGACAACAGUACAGUUACUCUUAACACUACUCUUAAUGAUAAAUGGAGUUUUGUUACAUCUUUGAGCAAAAGUGAAAAUAAAUUUCAUGAACCAGUCUCAGAUAAACGUUGGGAAACAUUACCAAACAGUCACAGCAAACCGGACAUAAUUGAAAAGGCUUUGAAAAACACCACAUUAUCAGCUUUUUUUAGUGUGAGACUGAAUAAUGUCAACGAGACAUCAAAUAUAAAAGGCAGUAAAACAGGGUGGAAUCUUUUAAUGAAAAAUGGUUCAACACUUUAUUUAUGUGACAAACACCAAUCACCCUGUUCUGAAUCACUUAUGGAAAAAAAUGGUUCUCAGGUGUUUAAUGAUUUAUCCCAAGUUUUAUGGAAACUACACGAAUAUUCAUAUCAUUUUUAUGCUGGGCCAAACAGAAAUACCAUAAUAUACACGAGUGACGGAACAUGUGAAGAUGUGCAACAAGGGUGCCUUACAAUUUAUUUAGCAAUGUGCAAGAAUUGUAAAAUGAUAUUUUCAUUAAAGUCGAAUAACGCAAAUUCAAAACUCAAAUUCAAAAACAUAACUGGAACUGGCACGUGGAUGACUGUAGAAAUUGAUUUAGACAAUUUUGCAAAAUGUUUUACCUUUGCUGUAGAUACAAUCGCACAUGAUGAUGUAGAAAAUGUAUUUUGGGCCAUCAGUGAUAAAAUCUACAUGUCAAGUCAACUGAGUUGUCAAGAAAAUAAACGAUACAUUGCUUUACAACCAAAAAAAAAUAUAACUAAUUUUCUUUGUGAAACAGUAAAAAAUGAGACGCUUAGUUUUACCACCCAACUUCCAAACACUUUUUGGAAAAAUACAUAUGUUCCCAACAGGACAACUAUAGCUAGCAUAUACCGUAAAGAAUAUGUAAUAGUGACAAUCGUCAUCAUUCUUUCAGUAAUAGUCGUAACUGUAAUACGUGUACGUUCCUGUUGUAAGCUUAAAACACGCCAAAAACUUGGUAAAAAAACAUCAGAUUAUCAAGAAUUGGAAACUGUUUCAUUUAUUAACGAUCGCGAUUUCGCUAUUUCAACAAUUUGGAAUCCAAUCAAAAGAAAAGAUUUCGAAAAUUAUGUCAAAAGGAUUUUUAAACCAGAUUCUCAAGAGCUUCAAAAUCAAUUUGGCAGCCUUCCUUCCGAAUACUUAGAACCGCAUUCAGAGGGUGUCAAAAUAGAAAAUCUCUCAAAAAAUUGUUUUUCUUCUAACUUUUGUCCUUAUGACAGAAAUCGAGUCAAAUUGAAACGAAAAAAGUUUUGUAAAGUCACUUGUGGCUACAUAAAUGCCAGCUAUAUUCAGGGGUGUAGUAAUUAUAGAGAAUACAUUGCCACUCAAAACCCGCUAGAAAACACAGUCAACGAUUUCUGGUAUAUGGUCUGGCAGGAAAAUAUCAAACAUAUUGUAAUGAUUUCAAGUUACGACGAUUCAUUUUUUUGCUAUUGGCCCCAAAAAAAAGACACUAGAGUUGUGUAUGAUAACAUAAAAAUCACUUUAGAUGACAUAGAGCAACACCAAUUCUACAAACGGCGCGUUUUUAAAAUAGAAUACAAAAAAAUCACGAGACAAAUUGAACAACUGCAUUACGAUUCUUGGGACGAAAAUGAUUCAGAAAGCAUCAAAUCGAGUAAACUGAUUGGUUUUGUGGACCGACUACUAAAAAUCCCACAUUUAAGUUCGCCAAUAUUGGUUCAUUGCCGAGCCGGCAUUGGACGAACAGGACUAAUAAUUUUAUGUGAUAUUGUUUUAAGAUCGUUACCACUCUACAACACAAUUGAUAUUUACUCUACUACUAAGGCAUUGAGGAAAAGUAAAGUUCACAUGCUGCACACUUUGGAACUGUACAAGUUGGCACACUUGGUUUUUAACUACUGCAUUGAUACAUUUGUAAAAAUGUUAUUUUAUUUUAUUCUUUCCGUGAUUUCAAGUGUGUCAGUUUUAAAUGCCGAAGAAAAUACAACUUACUAUUGUGUUGCGAAUAGUAGUAACUUUGAUGCAAUAGUAGUCUUAGAACCCGCAGUUGGCAAAGACAUUGAUGAUAAGGAGUCCAGAUUUUUGGACAACAGCACAGUUACUCUUAAUACAAAGCUUAAUGAUACAUGGACCUUUGUUACAUCCUUGGACAAAACUGAAAAUAAAUUUCAUGAACCAAUCUCAGAUAAACGUUGGGAAACAUUACCAAACAGUCACAGCAAACCGAGCGAAAUUCGAAACGCUUUGAAAAACACCACAUUAUCAGCUUUUUUUAGUGUGAGACUGAAUUAUGUCAACGAGACAUCAAACAUAAAAAGCAGUAAAACAGGGUGGAAUCUUUUAAUGAAAAAUGGUUCAACACUUUAUUUAUGUGACAAACACCAAUCACCCUGUUCUGAAUCACUUAUGGAAAAAAAUGGUUCUCAGGUGUUUAAUGAUUUAUCCCACGUUUUAUGGAAACUACACGAAUAUUCAUAUCAUUUUUAUGCUGGGCCAAACAGAAAUACCAUAAUAUACACGAGUGACGGAACAUGUGAAGAUGUGCAACAAGGGUGCCUUACAAUUUAUUUAGCAAUGUGCAAGAAUUGUAAAAUGAUAUUUUCAUUAAAGUCGAAUAACGCAAAUUCAAAACUCAAAUUCAAAAACAUAACUGGAACUGGCACAUGGAUGACCGUAGAAAUUGAUUUAGACAAUUUUACAAAAUGUUUCACCUUUACUGUAGAUACAAUCGCACAGGAUGAUGUAGAAAAUGUGUUUUGGGCCAUCGGUGAUAAAAUCUACAUGUCAAGUCAAUUGAGUUGUCAAGAAAAUAAACGAUACAUUGCUUUACAACCAAAAAAAAAUAUAACUAAUUUUCUUUGUGAAACGGUAAAGAAUGAAACGCUUAACUUUACCACCCAGCUUACAAACUACGAAGAAGACAAUACAAAACGAAAAGUUUACAAUACAAAAGAAAACAUUACUUUGCCUUCUAACAAUAACAUCGAGAAAGCUAACUCGUUUAGUGUAGUAUAUAUAAUCAUUAUUAUUCUGUCAAUAACAAUAAUUGCAAUAAUAGUGUUUGUAAUUCUUUAUAAAAAACGACUUUGGAGAAGAACACAAAAUCAGAAUAGUGUGAGAUUUGGAAAUUGUUCAGAUUCGGAGAAUUUAAUCGACAAUAAUGCUACUAAAGAAGAAACAUUUAAUUUGAAAGACAGUCCAUCACCAAUCCCCCAAAGAGAAUUUGAAGCCUACAUUAGAAAAUGUUGUGAAGAUUCUACUGACCUUCAAUUACAAUUUUCUGCUCUUCCGUCCGGAUACCUAAAGGAUUAUAAUGAAGGAAAAAAAAUGGAAAAUUUAGACAAAAAUCGAUAUCCAAAUAUUAUUCCAUACGAUGUUACUCGAGUCAAGCUUGAGAAAAAUUUGGGUGACGUGGAUCACACCACCGAUUAUAUCAAUGCCAGUUAUAUUAAAGGCGUUGACAGUGAUAAGGAAUACAUAGUGACCCAAAACCCGUUAGAACACACCGUCAUCGAUUUUUGGAGGAUGAUUUGGCAGGAAAAAGUCGAACACAUUGUGAUGAUAAGUAAUAAAGAGGAAAAAGUUUACCAAUAUUGGCCCCAAUUGAAAAAAUCUGUAUCGUAUGGAGGAACUGAAAUAUUGUGUGAAGUAGACAACGUGCACGAGUUUUACGACCACCGUGUAUUUACUGUUCAGCGGUUUGGUGAAAAUAGAACGAUAAACCAAUUUCAUUUUCACGCCUGGUCGAAGGAAAUGCUUGCGGCGUAUGUUUUUGCCGAUUUUAUUAACCGUCUGUUGAUGAUUCCUCACCACAGCGCCCCUGUUGUUUUCCAUUGCUUAGCUGGAGUUGGAAGAUCAGCCACUAUUGUUUUGUGCGAUAUUGCCCUACGUUCAGUGGCGAAGAAUGGCACUUUUGAUUUGUUCAAAAUCACUAAAACUAUGAGGGAAUGUCGUGUAAACAUGGUCCAGAAUUUGAAACAAUACCUUUUGGCCCACUUAAUUAUUUUCGAAGCUUUGAAUUAUGAAGAUUUAGCGAUUGCAUUGGAUGAAGAUUACGAGAAUCAUUUCAGUAAAUAUUUCGAAGGCAACUAUGUGAAAAAAUUGUGGUCAAAAUUUUUGGAAAAUAGAAAUUGGAUUGAUGAAGCUAUAAUGCCGUAUGAUGUUUGCGCAAAUUAUCCUAAUAUGAAUCGCUACACUAACCCUAGUUUGCUCCCAGUGGAACACAGUCGAGUUUUUCUCGGCACUCAAGAAGAACCCAAAUACAUCCAUGCAAUGUAUGUGAACGAUUACAACCAAAUGAAGAAUUUUAUCGUCGCUCAACAACCAAUGAGAGCCACACUGGAGAAUUUCUGGUUGAUGAUUUUAGAAAAAUCAGUCACAACUAUUAUUAAUUUACACGAACUAGACCGCAGAAGGAACCAUACUUAUAGCGACUUGUACUAUUUUCCAGUCUUGGACCAGACUUUAAAAAUUGGUGAUGACAUUUUGGUUAAAUUGGAUUCAAAAGAGCACCACAGCAAUUAUGACAAAAUAAACAUCGUUGUCACAAAACAAUCUAGAGAAAGAAAAAUUAAACUUCUCUACGUUAAAAACUGGCAAAAAAAUGAUGCUCAACCCGACUCCACCGAUGUUGUUAUAAAUCUUUGGGAUGCCAUGGGGGACCAAAAUCCAGACUACCCAACAUUAAUCUGUUGCGAUGAUGGAAUUAGAGCAAGUAGUUUUGUGGCUUGUUUUUUCUACAUGGCCGAUAAGAUGAUUCACGAACGGAAAUGUGAUGUGGUUGGGGCCGUGAGGGCUGUUAGACGGACUCAUCACAGUUUUAUUAAUUUCGAACAGUUUGUUUUUCUUUUUCACUGUGCUGUUGCAUUUUAUAAGAAUUGUGUCAAGUAACUAAGUUUUGAAAAAAUAAUACCUCUAUCAAACAGUGAUAUUUAAUUAAUAAUAACAAAAUAUACCGUGUCUGUCAAAAACAUACAAUAUUUAAAAUAAUAAAGGAAAACUCUGACAAUCUUGUUUUUCAAAAAGUGUUUUCUCAUUGCUCUUAUUUCUCUCUAAUAUGUUUC